UUGUAAACAAAGAUGGCGUCCAGCAGAAGCAGCUUCGUUCCGUGAGCGACGUUUCUUCUCUUUAAAACUUUCACUGGAUGAAACAUCAGCUUCACGGUAUCAUAUAAACACAAAAUAUAGUUAGCUUAGCUUCUUAGCUUCAGAUAAACGGACAAGGACGCCGCACAACUACCUGUGAGACUGACUGAUCGAGACCAACGUGUGUUUUCACUGGGUUCAUCCGGAGAAAAGGUGAUUUUAUUGUGUGAAAAUGUCGAAAAAAGUCCUAACGCUGAGAGCUUUUGUCAACCAGCGACUAUGUGCGGCUGCAGAGGAGAUAUUUGGGCUGUUUGAAAGGACGAUAUCAGAGUACGAGGAGGAGAUUGAUCGGCAGCGCAGUUUGCUGCAGGACGCGCAGAAAGAUGAAGCUGUGUUUCCUGCAAAUGUCAAGAAGUCUACGGUGAUUAAACAGGUUCCCCCUGAGCAGCAGCAGCACUGGAGCCCCAGGCUGGACCAGGAGGACCCACCAGAGCCGCCACACGUUAAAGAGGAACAGGAGGAUCUCUGGACCAGUCAGGAGGGAGAGCAGCUUCCAGAGCUGGAGGAGGCUGAUCUCACCAAGUUCCCAUUCACUCUUGUCCCCAUGAAGAGUGAAGAAGAUGAUGAAGAGAAACCUCAGUCCUCACAGCUUCAUCAAACUGAAGAGAACAGAGAUGCAGAGCAUUUGAAAACAGAAACUGAUGGAGAGGACUGUGGAGGACCAGAACCAGCCAGGAACUUUAAUCCAGGUGGACAUUUACAGCCAGAUAAUAAGACUUCACUCUCCUCUGAGACUGAAGACCGUAGUGAUGUCCUGAAGCAGAGAAAGGAACGUCAGCCAGGUUUACAUACUCUGAAAAACAAUGAAGCAGGAUGUGAUGCUACCAAACAGUGUUUUAGCUGCUCAGAGUGUGGUAAAAGGUUCGACAGCAAGGACCAUCUGCAGAUCCACAUGAAAUGUCAUACCGGAGAGAAAACAUUUACUUGCCCAUUUUGUGGUAAAAAAUUUACAAAAAGCUCAAAUUUGACCACACACUUAAGAGUUCAUACGGGAGAGAAGCCGUUCACCUGCUCCGUGUGCAACACAAGUUUUAGUCUGCGUUGCACGUUGGUGAAUCACAUGAGAGUCCACACCGGGGAGAAACCCUUUAGCUGCUCCGUUUGUAGUAAAAGAUUUUCCAAAAAGGCCAAUUUGACCACACACAUGGCCCUCCACACUGAGGAGAAGCCGUUCAAAUGCAGUAUGUGUGACAAAAGAUUUACAUGGCAUUCGCAGGUCAAAAAUCACAAGUGUGUUGUUGACAGCAGCAGGUGAAGACGGAGAGCUGCUAGUUGAGCUUCAUCGAUCAGCAGUAACCAAAAACUGUAGUCACAUCACAAGAGGAUGUAUAUCUUUAUAGGUAUUUGGUAGUAGACGUUUUAACUACUUUAAAUGAGUGAGAUAAAGAGGAAGAGCGUUUCACUGAAGCCAAUGCAAUACGCAUCUUGAUGCAUAUCCAGCAAUCUGAGACAUUAAAGGGGGGAUAUCAGCGGUCACUAGCAGUGCAGUUUUAAGAUUGCAACCGGGCGUGUGCACGUACGCGUGCUUGAACCAUGGGCUUAAACCAGGGGUUCUUAACCUUUCUGGCAGUCCGACCCCUUUUUGAAGUAGAAAAUAUUCGUGCCUGACGUCAUUUGCGUUCUUUUCCAUUUUCCAAUCUAAUGAAUGGAGAGACGGGCCCUCAGUUGUGCUGACGGAAGUUUACAGGUGCUUGGAUUGUCCAGCGACAUCCUAAAAUAAUCCUUAAACCAUCGUUAAGACGAAGCCCCUGGACCAGCUGGUGGUCCUACCAGCGGCGUCUCCUCUUUCUGAGGGUCUCAUGUGCCCACACGGAUCUCCGUUUCCCCGUCUCCUGCGUCUUUGUACACCUCACACACUCAAACAUUGCCAGAGCAGACGCCCUCUGUUUGUCUGUUUAUUUUAAAGCUGAUGUUUUUAGCAACAAAAGACUCCUGUGACUUGUGAUCAAGUUUCUACUAAUAUGACAGUUCAGUACUUAGAAGCAACAACAUGCCGGCUGUGACUUUUCCCCAGACAUGUUCAGGCAAAAUGAAGUGAAGCUAGAUCAAUAUUGAAAUAUCAGAUCCAUAAAUUAGGUUUACUGUGGAUUACUGUGGUGCUGAAUGACUUGCAGUGAAUGAUAAACAUAAAAAGUUUUAGCGUAGUGAGUGGAAUUCUAUGAUAUUUUAUGAUUUACUAUUUAGUUGUUACCUACAGUAAUAUUGUAACUUAUCUCCAUGGUGCAAAUGCUUUUAUUUUAGUAAUGCAUAAUUAACAACAAGGAUUUAUUAACUUACACACAGCUGCUGCAACAGGCUGCUAGAACAAUUUGGAUGCAGUUAGUCGUUAAAAUCAUUAAAAAGCUUUAUUUGGCAGUCAGUGUUUUGAAAAAAUACUUUUUAUUGCACUUUACACAUUUCUAAAUACAUUUAAAAAGCACAAGGUGCUUUGUCUCUUUACAUUAUGCAGACCAACAUUCAGUUGCCAGUUCAUUUUAAAUUUAUAUUAUUUCUCUGGUUCUGGUUUGACUGGGGGGGGUUAGGGAGGGAGCGACACCAUGUGCUGUUCCACAACAGGUUCAGCAGGAAAAGCUUCCAGAGAGACGAGAUGACUCUGUUUUUAUUGUCGUUUGUUUCUGGCUGUGGUUUUCCGGAAAACCUUGUUUUGACACCUUAGAACCAACCUGAAACCUGAAACCUGCACACACCCAGUCUCAGGCAGCUGCUUCAGAGUUGACUUUUACUUUGACACCACUGCAGGACGUGCACAGUUUUUACCACCAAGAGCUCAUCACAUUGUAAAGGUUGUUACUGUUGGUUAAAUUCACUGUUCACAUCCAUUGGAUCGUAACUUAUUAGAUUUAUACUUACUGUGUUUUGUUUUGACCACUGUUGUAAAUUUAACUCUAUGAAUGAACUGGUAGCUGUUGUGCGAAGUGCUGAAUAAAUCAAAUGUACUGUUA